AUGGCUGCACCACAAGCUCAAGUUCAGCGCCCCGUCGCCAACUUCUCUCCAAGUUUAUGGGGCGAUCAGUUCAUCACCAAUGAUUCUGGUGCUAAGGCUGCUGAGCAACAUUCAAAGGCAGUUCAAGUGCUGAAGAAUCAAGUGUUGGAUAUGAUCUCAGCUGCUGAAAACAAUCUGGCAGCAUGGCCACCGUUUAUCUUCUGGUCAAGUGAGAAGCCUAAAAUGCUUGUGGCAGGGCUACUCAUAUGUCGAGUCAUUGACGACAUAGCUACUUAUGAGGUCGAAAAAGAAAGAGGUCAGAGUGCAACAGGCAUAGAAUCGUACAUGAGAGACAAUGGCGCCACAAUAGAAGAAGCGGUGGCUAAAUUCUUUGAAAUAGCAACAGACGCAUGGAAGGAUAUAAAUGAGGAGUGUAUGAGGCCAUCUCCAUAUUCCAGAGAUGUUUUGAUGCGGAUUCUGAAUCUUGAACGCAUAAUUGAUGUUACUUACAAAGGCAACGAAGAUGGAUACACUCAACCUGAGAAGGUUCUCAAGCCUCACAUCGUUGCUUUGUUUGUCGAUCCUAUUGUGUUGUAGACCACAUAAGGCCAUAUUUUCUCUUUGUUUUUGUUUAAUGUUGUCUGGAGAUUAAUAAUAAUAAUAAUAAUAAUAAUUGAUUCCUAUUAAAUUUUUAA